UUUUUUUUUUUAAAGCAAAAAUUCUAAUAACAAAAAUGGUUCGCAACUUUUUCAUUGGUGGUAACUGGAAGAUGAAUGGCUCUGUUGCCGAAGCUAAGCAACUCGUUGAAAUGCUCAAUGGUUUCGAAGUUCCCGCCAACACUGAGGUUGUUGUUGCUCCUCCUGCUCUUUACAUUGACCGUGUCCAUGCUGGUUUAAAGAAGGAAAUCAAGGUAGCAGCCCAAAACGCCUACCUCAAGGCCUCUGGUGCAUACACAGGUGAGAUCUCUCCUCAAAUGCUCAAGGAUUUAGGUCUUGAAUGGGUCAUUCUCGGUCACUCUGAACGUCGUCAAUAUUUCCACGAAUCUGAUGAACUUGUGGGUCAAAAGACUGCCUUUGCUCUUGAGGCUGGUCUUUCUGUUAUUGCCUGUAUCGGUGAGAAGCUUGAGGAACGUGAGGCUAACGUCACCAACGAUGUGGUUGCUCGUCAAAUGAAGGCUAUUGCUGCUGAGAUUAAGGAUUGGUCCAAGGUAGUAGUUGCUUAUGAGCCUGUUUGGGCUAUUGGUACUGGUAAGGUCGCUUCUCCUGAGCAAGCUCAAGAUGUUCACGAGUUCCUCCGUCAAUGGUUGGCCGAGAAUGUUUCUCAAAAGGCUGCUGAUGAGACUCGUAUCCUUUACGGUGGUUCCGUCAACGGUGGUAACUGUAAGACCCUUGGUGGUAAGCCCGACAUUGAUGGUUUCUUGGUCGGUGGUGCUUCUCUCAAGCCCGAAUUCGGUGAGAUCAUUCUCUCUCGUCAAUAAGUCUUUUUCUUUUACGCACAUAUAUAUCAUUUUUUAAAAAAUAAAUAAAUCUACGCAUUGUUCCAACUCGAUUAAAAAAAAAAAA